UAGAUGUCACAUCCCCCUGCCUGUAAAUAGGCAUCCAAUCCUCCCCUCAGCACAAAUCCACCGAGUUCAGAAAACCACCGAGCACUGCUAGAGUUUCCUAUAGCUAUAUGGAUUCCAAGCCAUUCUUCCAGCUCCUGCUUCCUUACACUGCUCUUCUCUCCCUUUGGCAGCUCCUGCUACUACCUUUGUUUCUCCUACCACUCCUCCACUCAUCAUCCGUACCAGUUGCUGCUGGGGCCUCCACACCACUUGAAUCCCAAACCAGAGCUCUCCUCCACUGGAAAUCCACUCUUCAAAGGCCACAAGCCCUCGGUUCAUGGACUCUCUCCAACAACACAUGCAUCUGGUUCGGAAUCACCUGUGGUCAGAAUGCAAGCCAAGCCAUCACCGAGAUCAGCCUGCCCCGUGCCGGCUUGUCAGGUACGCUUGACGCCCUCAACUUCUCCUCCUUUGCAUCUCUCACCAGCCUCCACCUCCGACGCAACCACCUCUUCGGCGCCAUACCGCCCGGCAUCGGCGCCCUUUCCGCUCUCACUUCUCUCGAUAUCUCUCACAAUCUUCUCUCCGGCAACCUGCCACCUUCUCUCGCCGAUCUCUCUCAUAUCUCCCAAGCCGAUCUAUCUCACAAUGAAUUCACAGGUGAUAUAACCGCAUGCUUCUCUGCCAAUUGGACAAAAAUCGUCUCCCUUCGACUCCAGUUCAAUCAUUUCACUGGAAGGAUACCUUCUGAGAUACUCUCCCUUGCAAAUCUCAAGAUCCUUCAUCUCUACCAAAACCAGCUAUCCGGUUCCAUACCUUCAGAAACCGGUAGUGUCAGGAGUCUAGUUAGUCUAGACUUGGCCAACAACAAUCUCACUGGUUCCAUCCCUUCAACCCUUGGUAACUUGACUGAUCUGAAAACUCUUUACCUUUACGGGAACAAACUCUCCGGUCAGAUUCCGGGUGAACUAGGAAUGCUUUCCAGACUAGAGGAAUUGAGAGUUAAUGACAAUUAUCUGAUAGGUUCCAUCCCUCCUAGUUUUGGAAACCUCACCAAGCUUACCAACUUGCACCUCCAUACUAACGAGAUCUCAGGCACCAUUCCAUGUGAACUAGGAAAUCUGGUGAACUUGUUUGUUGGAAUGAUCUAUCAUAAUAUUCUGACAGGUUCCAUCCCCCCAAGUUUAGGAAACCUGACCAAGCUGAGGAUCCUAGACCUCCAUACGAAUAGGAUUUCUGGCACCAUCCCUCAGCCUUUUGGCAGUUUGAGAAGCCUCACUCAUCUGCGCGUAUUCAACAAUCAAUUAUCUGGCUCUUUGCCUCAUGAGCUGGGAAAUCAAACAAAGUUGGCUUCCUUAGAUAUAGGUGACAACGAGUUCUCAGGAAGCUUACCACCAGAUGUUUGCAAAGCAGGCGUGCUUCAACGUCUUGUUAUAGCAAACAACCAUUUUGAGGGCCCCCUUCCAAGGUCUCUGAAAAAUUGCACCACCUUGUUCAGAGUUCGCCUCGAAGGAAAUCGACUCCAAGGUAAUAUCUCCCAGGAUUUUGGGAUAUAUCCAAGUCUAGUCUACAUGGAUAUGAGCUACAAUCAACUGUAUGGAGAGCUUUCACAAAACUGGGCAUACUGUCAGAAUUUGACACUUUUGCAGGUUUCCGGGAAUCAGAUUACUGGAAAAAUACCCACUGAGUUUGGCAAAAUGCUGCAAUUGGGUGUCCUGGAGGUUUCUUCAAACCAGCUAGUUGGAGAAAUACCAGGGGAACUGAGUGGCAUGAGCUCAUUAUUCAAAUUGAAUUUGAGUGGUAACUGGCUAUCUGGAAUGUUGCCCUCAGAAAUUGGAGAAUUGUCCAAUCUGGAAGUUCUUGAUUUGUCUGAUAACAUUCUAAGCGGGUCGAUACCGCAGCAACUAGAGAAUUUAUCCAAGUUGCGUCUGCUGGAUUUGAGCAUAAAUGGAUUCAAUGGGAGCAUUCCACCACAAAUUGGUGAGAUAGAAAGCUUGCAGGAGCUACUUGAUUUGAGUCAUAAUUGCCUUGCAGGAGAGAUACCAUCACAACUGGCAAGUUUGACUUAUUUAGUAUCUUUGAACUUGUCACACAAUAAUUUAUCUGGUGCCAUACCUUCAUCUCUGGCAAGCAUGAUAAGUUUGACUUCUAUAGAUGUAUCAUACAAUAAUCUAAAUGGCCCUCUUCCUCCAAGUAAUUUAUUUCAAAAUGCUCCAGCGAAGUGGUUUGCCAAUAACAAAGGCUUAUGUGGCGAUGUGCCAAGUCUGCCUCCUUGUGGCCUGGUCAUGGAGAGUAAUCAUGAUUCAAGGAAACACCACAUGACACCAUACGCUACUAUUCCUCUCUUGGGCACCUUUAUUCUUUUGGUUAUAUCCAUCAUUGUCAUUGUGAUGCUUCGCAAGAAAGAACCAACAAAAGAAGAGGAUGAUGGAGUUAUUAUUGGAGAUCUGUUUUCGGUAUUGAAUUUUGAUGGGAGACUUGCUUACCAUUACAUUAUUUCUGCGACUGAAAAUUUUGAUGAGAAAUAUUGCAUUGGAAAAGGAGGAUGUGGCAAAGUAUACAGAGUAGAACUUCCAACUAAGCAGGUGGUGGCGGUGAAAAAAUUUCACACAGUGGAAGAAGGGAUUUUUAAUGAGAGAAGCUUUAGGAAUGAAAUCCAAGUAUUAAUGGAAAUUCGACAUUGUAACAUCGUAAAACUUUAUGGGUUCUGCUCGAGCACUCGUUGCAAUUUUCUUGUAUGUGAGUAUAUUGCGAGAGGAAGUUUAGCUACCAUCCUACACAAUCAAGAAACGGCUAUGGAAUUGGGAUGGGAUAAGAGAACUGACAUCAUCAAAGAUGUGGCCCAUGCUUUAUCAUAUAUGCACCAUGAUUGUAAUCCAUCCAUAGUACAUCAAGACAUUUCGACUAACAAUAUAUUGUUAGAUUCUGAUUUUAAGGCCUAUCUCUCAGACUUUGGCACCGCAAGAAUUCUUAAACCCAAUUCAUCAAAUUGGAGCACAGUUGCAGGAACAUAUGGAUAUGUCGCGCCGGAACUUUCAUACAUGACAAGGGUGACUGAGAAAUGUGAUGUGUAUAGUUUUGGUGUAAUAAUACUAGAAGUAUUGAUGGGGACGCAUCCAGGUGAGCUAAUCUCCUCUUUAUCAACAUUAGACAGCCAAGGAACAAUGCUAAGAGAUGUUCUCGAUAAACGCAUCUCACCUCCUCAGUCUUGUACGGCAAACGAAGUGGUAUUACUAGCAAUAGUAGCAUUUUCAUGCAUACAAAAUAUGCCACAAACACGACCAACCAUGAAGAAAAUAUGCCACUUAUUUGCAGCUAGCAUCUCUCCAGCCUUCUGCAUUCCUUUCAACUCAAUCAGAUUAAGCCAACUAGUGCAUUCUCGAUGUAUUUAACUACUAGUUCUUUUGUGGUGCAUAUUUUAAAUCAUACUUCUUUUAUUACUCUAGAGUACUACAAUUUGGCGUGAGAGCAACCAUAUCACCAUCAUGAUGGUGUGUUACCAUGAUACAAACAUCUGAAUCUGAUAUUAUGGCGCCAUAAAACAAUUAAAUUAAAAAAUCUAUGCUGUUUUUUAUCUCCCUUUUUCAUGUGAAUUAUCUACUACUGAUAGAUAGUCCAUGGUGCCAUCUUAUUCAAUGCAUGCAACUAAUUCAUGUGAAUGCAAUAGCUGAUUAAGUAUUUGAUAGUAAUGGUUUUUUAACUCACCUCCCCCUCCUACUUCCCCCUCACCCCCAACAUUAGAUGGUUGCUAACUUGCUAUACCAUCAUAUGCGAUUAAAUGAUUGAUUUAAGGGGUCCUAGUGUCUGAGCGACAGCUAUAAUACAAUCGCAUAUAAUGUACAAAAUGGAUAUAAGUGGAAGGAAUGUUUGAUGGAUAGAUUUGCUGCAACUCUUAGGGCCUGUUUGGAGAGGAUAGGAAUGGCCUAAAUGUUAUAGGAUCAAUGAGUCCUAUGGGUAAACAUCUUGUUUCCUUUUCUAGCUACUAUUAGGGUAAU